AUGCCGCCGCAGUCACAAGACGCCGCGCAGGGACGGGAGGUUGGAAGCGGCACACAUGGUGAGGAGAAGCAAUAUGCAAAGGUGCAGCAGCGCCCGGUCAGGUACGACGUGAGGAGAGGAGAGGAGGCGGUGGCUCAAGGGAAACGGAGAAUUGAACCGGGGUGGCAGAUUGUGGGGUAG